AUUAAAAUCAUAAUUCUCGUAUGCCCCGAAGGCCGCAUCUUAGGAAGAGUCAGGGAGAGUGGCAUCGGCGGUCGCUGCGUAUAAAAGCCAACUGAAUGUGGUACAAAGCAUCACACAACCACGAGACCUCCGCGAGUCAACAUGAAAGCGUUCUUGGUAUUAGCGGCCGUUGCGGCUAUCGGCUCGGCGAGACCCGAGGCGGGAUACAGUUACAACGCCCCAGGAGGUGGCGGUCUCGGUGGCCACGGAGGCCUCGGUGGAGGCAUCGGUGGAGGCCACGGGGGCGGCCUCGGGGGCGGCCUCGGGGGCGGCCUCGGCGGCGGACACGGCGGUGGCUUCUCCUCCGGCGGUCUGAGCUCCAGCAGCUUCGGCGGAAUCGGAGGCGGAAUCGGCGGAGGCAUCGGCGGUGGCUUCUCGUCCGGAGGUGGCUUCUCGUCCGGUGGUGGCUUCUCGUCCGGCGGCGGCGGUGGCUUCGGAGGCGGCGGCUUCGGCGGCGGCAUCGGCGGAGGUUUCGGUGGCGGCGCCAUCGUCCAGAAGCACAUCUACGUGCACGUCCCACCCCCAGAACCCGAAGAACAGCGCCCACAAAUCAUCUCCGGAGGAUCCAUCCCCCAGAAGCACUACAAGAUCAUCUUCAUUAAGGCCCCAGCACCUCCUGCGCCCGUCGCGCCCAUCAUCCCCGCCCAAGCCCAAAACGAAGAGAAGACCCUCGUCUACGUGUUGGUCAAGAAACCCGACGAGCAGCCCGACAUCACCAUCCCCACCGUCGCACCCACUCAACCCUCCAAACCCGAAGUAUACUUCAUCAAGUACAAGACCCAGAAGGAAGGCGGUAUCGGUGGUGGCGCUAUCGGAGGCGGUCUCGGCGGCGGUCUCGGCGGUGGUAUCGGCGGCGGUCUUGGCGGUGGUAUCGGUGGUGGUCUGUCCGGCGGCAGCAUCGGCGGUGGCAUCUCGGGCGGCAGCAUCGGCGGCGGUCUCUCCGGCGGCAGCAUCGGCGGCGGCCACGGCAUCUCGGGCGGCAGCAUCGGCGGCGGACUCAUCUCCGGCGGACACGGUGUGUCCGGCGGCAGCAUCGGCGGCGGACACGGCUCCGGCUCCGGCUCGGUCAGCUCGUCGUACGGCCCGCCCGGACAGUCCGGCCCUUACUAAAUAAAGCACGAAUCGUGCUGCGAGUAACUUGUGAUAUCUGCUCAGCCGACAAAACCUAGUAUUAAGUAGUGAAAAAAAUUACGGUGCCUAAAUGUAUUUAUGUAAAUAGUAAUUUUAAUUAAUUAAUUUUAGUUGUACUAUAAAGUCUUUUUUGCAUAAAAAACUCGAUAAACAAAACGA